AUGUGCCACUUUCAGUCUCCUCACACUGCUGGUGGGUUCCUUUUGUCAUACGGACCCGGCCUUCAAUUUAAGGGGCCUCGCUUGCUGCUGACCAGGCCCGUAAUCUGCCAUGGGCCCUAUGUACCGCCUCCUCAUGCUGCUGCCAGGUCCAGAGUGUGUCAUGGUCCCUGUACGGCCUCCCAUUGCUGCUGUCUCCAUCGCCACACUCUGCCAUGUGCCACUUUCAGGUCUCCUCACACUGCUGGUGGGUUCCAUUUUGUCAUAGGGUGCUGCAGGGCCUCCCAUUGCUGCUGUCUCCCAUCGCCACACUCUGCCAUGUGCCACUUUCAGGUC